AUGUCCGCUGAUUGCUUCAAGGCCGUCGAUUUCUUUUUCAAACUCUUCGGAAUCUGGAUGGACAACAGCUCAAGAUACAAAAUGGUAGCUUAUAUCGUAUGGGAUAGCUUCGUAUUCUUUUUAGGCUGUGGCUUUGCAGCGCUUGAAGCGAUGAUGAUUAGGACGAGUAUCAAGGACUUGAGGUUGUUUUUCAAGGUGUUUGGGAUGUUUGCAGGACAUCAGUUGGCUCUAAUGAAAUUUGUUGUGAUGGUGAAGAAUUAUGGGAAGUUAUCUAAUUUAAAGACGAAACUUCGGAGCAGGUGCUUCCGGUACGAUCCUUUUGAUUUAUUUGAUCCGGAGAAAAUGAUGUCGGAGUCAGCCAGAUUCUGUGCCCGCUUUGCGACCUUUAUGUUCACGGCUUACGGAAUGGUGGGCGUAACCGCACAUGUGUCCGCCCUUUGGAGGCUGGACACCGAACAGCACGGCAAGUACUUCGAAGGUAACUCGUCUUGUGAUGACUUCAUACCGUACGUUUUUGUGAAUCCCUUUGACGACGGCAGUAUAAGGGGUUGCAAGAAUGCUCUGUUGAUGAUGGAUAUCUGCUUUUAUAUUCUUUCAACAUAUAUGGCGGGAUAUGAUGCAAUUUUCUGCUGUCUAAUUGUUUGUCUGGAUACGCAGCUACAAAUACUAAGUAUAGCAACAAAAAAUGUUCGUGAGAGAUUGUUGACUGGAUCUGGUUUGUCCGAGGAAUAUAGAAUGAGUCACGACAACGUGUCCCCUGACUUUGAGAAAAGAUUAUACAUGGAAAUCAGAAAAUGCAAUCGCCAUCUUUCAUUUCUGUUGAGGUACAUUUUCAUUUUUGAUGCUAAUUAG